AUGUCACAUUUGUUUGUCUUUUUGAUCACAAUAAACUACUUUGUGUUCUUCCGUGUAGUGACCUCAUUCUUCCCAAAUGAGCAAGACCUCGCAGCUCCCAGGACCUUAGGCACCUGGGAAGUUGCAACCACAAGCUCCACAUCAUUACCCAGCUGGUUUUGGGAUACAGAUGCAACAUAUGAACCAGAAUAUGAAAGUCGUCUUGAAGCUAUUGAAGAGGAGUUCCUUGAUGUACUUGAGCAAAACAAAAAAUUGCAAGACUUUCAAGCUCACAAUGCUUUCAAUAAUGAGGGCAUCCCACUACAGGGGUACCCAGAGCAUCAUUUGCACAUCAAACAAUCAUUGAACACUCCAACAAGUUCACCAAUCCCCUCUUCUCAAAUCGAUGUUGGAGUUCUGAUCUCUUAUGAAUCAAAGAAGAGCCUACCAAAUACUGGGAGGGUUGAUUACAGAGCUUUGAUUUGGACACUCAAAUGGCAAUUUCAAUUAGCUAUGUGGUUCACACCUGGUGUUUCUGAAGACAUUAUAUCAGUGUUUGACGAGGUCAAAGACUCAUCAAAAGCACAGUUACCAAUGGGUAAAACAUACCCAUAUGAUGCACAGAAGGUCAUCCCAGCAAUUGAGAAGAUACAAACAAAUGUGGUUAUGGGAUUCCUUGGAUCAUUGAGGCUUAUACAUUUUAAGUAUGGGGAUUUAUCUGCAAGGAAGCAAUUGAUAGAAGAUGGGUGGAAAUUCUUAAAAAACAUCUUGAACAAUCAAUUUGUGAAAUUGCAAGAUGAAGUCAACUGUGUGACACAUAAAGGCUUUAAAACAAGCAAUUAUAAAUAUAAAUGCUCUGAUGAUAUCCUUUCACAUGCAUUGCAUAUGCCGGAAAGAUCUCCAAUAUCAUUUGGGAUUAUCAUUGAACUUCUCAACAUGUGGUAUCAGAGUACCAAACACCAGGCGUCCCUGUACAAAGUCAAUCUAAGUUAUAAUUCCUUCCUUAAGACAUGUGAAGAAGCAUAUCAACAACAGGGAGAAGGUAAUUCACUAUGGAAAGUAAGUAGUGGAUGCAAUUCCAAUGAAUUGAGACAACAUAAAUUUAGUCUUGAAAAUGGGGUGGGAAUUAACCCUUCAAAUGAGGGUGAAGUCAAUCUAAUUAGAGCAUUUCCUAGCAGACUUAAGCGUAUGGGAUGGGUAAUAAUUGAUGACAAAAACACAGGAUAUGCAGGAAAAAUAGAUGUGUUCUUCAAAUCACUAUCCAAAGAUAUACAGGUAUUUUAUAGACACCAAACUCUCAACAAAAACAUUCCAAAGACUAACAGUAACAAAAUCAUUUUGAGCAAUGAAAUGAUAAAUAAGGCAGUGUUGUCAGCUCACCAGGAUAUUGUACCAUUGUUUUUUGGAAUCCUUUCUGUCAUUCAAAAAUGUAAAGUGGAUGAGAAAAUUUCAAAAAUCAUCUAUGAGAAAGGUUGGGAGCACCUGAAAACAUAUUUCAAUCAGUGGUUGACGUUUUUCAGGGAUAAUAAAAAUCAAGCAAUCUGGACAACAUAUUACUGUAGACCCAGAGAGGAAGAGUGGUCAAAUAUAAAGUACACAAUAUCUCAUAUGGGCAAGAUUGUUCGUGGAAGAUGCAAGUCUAUGCAGCUUCUCUGGUAUCUUGUAGAUAUCUGGUAUGAGGUUGUCAUUGGCAAGGGAGAAAGUGACACACAUGAAAUUGCAGUCCAUAUUUCACCCCCAAACCCAUCCUUGACCAAAUUGAAAUAUGUAGAAUGGGUAACUCCAUUUGUCAGAGUAGAGUUGUAA